UUAAACUUUCCGCUUUCCGGGCGCCCUCCAGUGAUCAUCCCUUGCCAAUAUCAACCGACUCCUCGCCUGUGAGAUCACAAGGCAGAUCUAUUGUUUGAUCUGUCUUCUCCCUUCAUCAAGGAAGUUGCUGCAGCCUCGGCCAGCAUCAGGAAGCGUCGAGACUCCUGACAGCUGUUGACAGAAGUGAACCGUUCUGCCCUCUUUCUGUCCAAUUCAGUGGUCAAAACCGCGAACAAAGCAAUCCCUAAAGCAUCACCAUGUCUUUUAAACCGGCUCUCAUUGUUGUCGACAUGCAGAAUGACUUCUGUCCACCUGAUGGAUCUCUGGCCAUUUCUGGUGGCAAGGACAUCGUCCCCUUGAUCAACCGACUUGUGGCAUCGCCGGUGUUUGUGUUGAAAAUUGCGACUCAGGACUGGCAUCCUCAAGAUCAUGUAUCAUUCGCUACAAACCAUCCCGCUCCAAACAACAAACCGUAUAAGUCUUUCAUCGAUGUCGAAAAUAUUGUCGGCAAUAAACCUGAGCAAACGAUGAAACAACGACUGUGGCCUGUUCAUUGCGUUCAACAUACUAAAGGUGCUGAUAUCAUCGGAGAGAUUGACCAAUCCAAAAUCGACAUCAUCGUCAAGAAAGGGAUGGACUCCAGGGUUGAAAUGUAUUCCGCUUUCACAGACUCCUUUGGCAACCUGACUGCUGGGAGUGGUGGCGUGAAUAUUGACCUUGGCGAGGCGUUGAAGACUCAACAAAUCACCCAUUGUUUUGUCGUUGGCCUUGCUGGAGACUACUGUGUCAAGGACACAGCUUUGGGCUCUGCAAGGGCCGGGUUCGUCACUUAUUUGGUCGAAGACGCCCAGAAAUGUGGAAAUCCUGAAGGCUGGUCAGAGGUCAAGGCUGAACUCUUAAAGGGCUCCGUAGCUGUCAUCAACUCUGCCAGCGAAGAAGCUCGACGAGUGCUUGAAGGCUAGCAGCAGGUUGACCAUUCACCAGGUUGGAAGCCUGGGACAAUACUCUUGCGAAAUUUCAAUCUCACCACUUGAACGUCCCCUGCC